AUGGCCUCCCGCCUCCGCCACCCCCCUCCACCUCCUCCACCGCCGCCUUCGUCAUCGAGAUCGGCGAGGUGGCGUGGUCUAAUUCUUCAAGAUUUGGGGAUACACGCCCCCACCGCCGCCUCCUCCUCGGCCUCUGCCGCCCCCCUCCUCAAUCUAUGGUGGCGUCAGGGACCCGAAAACGAAAGUACGUCCCGCCCCCCUCCUCAAUCUAUGGUGGCCCCUCCUCAAUCUAUGGUGGCGUCAGGGACCCGAAAACGAAAGUACGUCCCAUAUUUUGAAAAAAAGUUCAAAAAGAUGUGCUCUGUUCCCAUGGCCGCCGCCGUCGCCCCCUCCGUCGCUGCGAAUUCCGUCGCCCCACUCGCUCGAUCUUGCGAUCGGUCGCGCCGAUCUUGCUGCACCCGUCGCCCCCUCUGUAGCUGCGGCCUUCUCCGCCGCCCCCUCCCAUCUCGUGAUCGGUGGCGCCGAUCUUGCCGCACCCACCGCCCCCUCCGUCGCUACGGCUUCCUCCGCCGCUCCCCCUUCCCGAUCUCGCGAUCGAUGGCACCGACCUUGCCACCCCCGCCGCCCCCUCCGUCGCUGCGGCUUCCUCCACCGCCCCCUCCGUCGCUGCUGCCUCCUCUACCGCUCCCCCGAUCUCGCGAUCGGUGGCGCCGAUCUUGCCGCCCCUUUCGUCGGCUGCGCCAUCUCUCGCCGAUCCCCCCCACUCCCCGAUCUUCAAGAUGCGUGGUCGAUCUUGCCGCCCCUGCGACCCUCCGUCUCUCCGCCUCCUCCGCCCCCUCUCCGACUCGCGAUCGCGUCGGCACCUAUCUUGCUGCCCCUACCCGCAAGAGGUGCCACCGAUCGCGCGAUCGAAAGAGGGGGGCCGGAGGAGCCGAGAACGAGGGGUCGGCGGGGCGGCAAGAUCGGCGCCACCGAUCCUGA